AUGGCGCCCAAAGCGAAGAAGGACGCGAACCCGAUACGCCGCUCGCCACGGAAGGCAUUGCCAAGUGCUAUGAAGGGGGAUGCUGAUGAUACUCCCGAGGAGAGCGUUCCGCCUGCAAAGGCCGUGAAGAAGACACCCGCCAAGAAACCGAACAAGAGCGCAACAGCAAAGAAGGCCACCAGCCCAACCAAAGAGGACGUUACGACUACAAGGUCAGCCAGAUCGAGUCCUGCUAAAUCACCAGCACUUGCAAAGCGCGCUACGAAGAGUUCAGCGAGCAAGACUACCCGCGCAACCAAAUCGCCUUCGCCAUCAAAGGUGGUCAACGCAUUUGCCAGGACGCCUAGUCCACGCAAAGCUGCAGGUACCAAGACGAAAUCCACUACAACACGAAAGCGUGCAGUCACCGACGCAGCUUAUAUCGAGCAUGGUGACGAGGAUCAGGAUGAGCCAGCGCUCAAGGCAAGAAGGAUUCAGCGUAUUGCGACUGAUCCAGCUUAUGUCCAGCACGAGGAUGAAGAUGAUAUGCUGGCACCCAAGACGAAAGGACGGUCCAAGAAGACUGUCGACAUCGCCGAGACUAUUGCGACAGACGAAGCUCACUCGAAGCCUCGUGGUCGUGGUCGUCCGAAGAAGACUGAUGCUUUCGAGGCCACAGCUCCUGAGCACGAUGAUAACGACGAUGUCAUGGAGUCCAUCGAAGCUCCUGCUCUGCCGAGACCGAGGAGCAGAAGCAAGAGCCAGAGCCCAGCUCGCGCACGGUCCGCAAGUCCAGCCAAGAGCCUGGCAAGGGCUCGAUCAAAGAGUCCUGCGAAACGCGGCAUUCCUGCCUUACAAGCACGCUCCCGCUCAGCUAGUCCAGCCAAGAGUUUGAGACAAGCUCGAGCACAAAGUCCAGUUAAAAGUGGGAAUGUCGCCUCAAGACCAACCUCUCGCAGUCGCUCGGCAAGUCCAGCAAAGCUGAGUCGGAACCCGAUACUCCACCAGGAAUUUUUCGAAUCUCUCGAUCAUGACCAGGACGAAGAAGGCACUGAUCAAAGUGCUCCAUACCUUGAUGAGCAUGACUUUGGCUCGCGCAAUCAUGCGAGUUCAGCCAGUCCUACAAAGUCUCGUGGCAGUGGUACCGAAGGCAGCAUAUCCGGCCGUGCGAGCUCGCCACGCAAGGGAUCAGCGGCUUCAAAUGCCAGUGGCGGUAAAGGAAGCCUUUCAGCUCGCGGUGGCUCAUUACGCAAGAGUUCAGCGACCUCAAAUGCCAGUAUCGCAAGAGGAAGCGUCUCCAGGAGCGCGGGCUCUUCACGCAAAGGCUCUGCAGCUUCACAGUCGGGCAGUGCUAAAGGCCAAUCAUUGACAAAGAAGUCCAGGAUCAUUCAGCUCAAAUCAGCUGUUGGCCUGGGCAUCACUUCGCUCUUCGGUGAUGGUGGGCCUGGCAGCGCUGGUCCUGGUCGUCGUAGUCCGGAGAAGAGCCCAGCAAGCUCGAGACGCCACAGCGCAGGCUCAGUGGCCAGUAGUCGUAGAGGAUUGAAGUCCCCUACUGGGUCACCUUCCCGUAUUAGGAGCGUACCAAAUAGUAGUGCUGCUGAUCUCGAGCGUGCCAUGAGACUCAUCGCCACUAGCGAAGAGCAAAGGACGAAAGACAACAUUGGCGAUGAUCACCUUGUCCAGUUGCCAGGUGGGAAGCGGAAGAGGUCAAUUUCACCUGCAAAUGGAGCUCAGAAGCCUAAAAAGGCCGCUCAGCUCGGUCGUGAGAAUGAGGAGUUUGACGAUGGUGAAGCAGCAGGCAAUGAUGCUCUGGCCGCGGAUGGCAUCGAUCUGGAGGAUACGGAUCGUGAUUUUGAGGAUUCGGAUUGGGACUGGGACGCCCGUGAUGCUAUUGGGAUGUCAGCUUGUAAGUUCACCACACCUGCUUCACUUUUUAUAUCCAAAGCUGCCCAGAAGGCAGCUGAGAUCAGAGUGAAGGGUAAAAUUAAGACCACACGGCGCUCAGACGAAGAGUAUGCCCGAGGAGAUAUCCUGCAGUUCAACAACCAAAAGUAUAUCCGGAAUAUAGACGGCAGUGGCUUCCUUCCGAAGAAGAACCCUUUCCAUGAGCUGAUGCCAGCACCUGAGGUGUGGCACAGGCGUAUGCCGAACGUCUUUCCAUUUGGCGAGACGCCGUUUAUGGAGAGGGAGAAGAGCAGACAGAUCAACGAGGAUCUUACGCGGAGUCACGAACUAGAACCAGUACAAGCCGAAUCAGCUCAACCUGAAGCAAGACCUGAUACUCUGACCAGGCGGGUAAGUUCUUACCUAGGCACCAUCUUCGGCAGUCGUGAUCCAACACCAUCUGCACCUACACCUGCUGCUCCUAGUGCAACGGAGAGACGCUUGCGUCCACUACCAGCACAACCGCCUUAUAGGUCUCCUUGGACAUUGGACCCUAUUUCAGAUGAGGAUCUGAGGCUGGAGCUUGCGAAGAUCAGGCGAGAGCGGAAGCAGAAGGACGAUAGGCAGUUGGCGGAGCAGCUUGGGACAAAGCGUAAGUCGUCAGAUGGUAGUGGAAGUGGACGUGGAUCGAAGAGAGAGAGUUAUACCAUGAGUGGUGGGCUCGGACCUCGUGGCUGA